AUGAUUAGCCUAUCUUUAUCCAAAUUAUUAUUGUGUUGCAGAAUGAUCUUCCCUAAAACCAUCCACCAAUCAAAUCGUGCCACGUUGCACACUACGUUGACUUGGAGUAUUAUCAAAGAGAGGUUUUUUGCCAUGCCACUGGUUUUUGUUGUGCUUCUAUUAACUGUUUUUCAGUGUAUAAGUGCUACUUGCGUAAGUUUGGGUGGAGUAUGCUACGGAUCAAAGCAAAAUUCUAUGCAGUUCAAUAUCAACUGGCUAGGAAAGCCGAACUAUGAAGAUGUUGUCUAUUCUAUGUUCAAUGGCAACCAGUGUGACUCGAUCCGAUAUUCGUUUUUGCAUCACAAUGAUCUCAAAUGCCAGAAAACAGCAGUGAAGGGAGAUUGGAGCUGCGUUUCCACGACCUCAUCUGUUUGGGUCAAAGGAUUCGAUAUGAGCGAUUAUGUCGUUCAGCAUAUGGUCAACAAUUGUCACAGAAAUAUAGCAAAGAAAUAUGUGAACAUUGCGAAAUUGAGCUGUGUUAUUGAUGGUGUUGAUAUCUUUGCGGAAGAGCGAGCGAAUGUGGGUAAAGUCGAGUAUCGAAAUAUCACUGUUACGAGUGAUCAUUUCCCUGUGUACGAGGGCUAUUAUCCUGAAAGAUAUGAAUGCGUUUGGAAUUAUGAAGUCAAUGGAAUUUGGUCCACUUUUGUGAUCAUGGUAGUCACUUGUUCCGUGAUUGUUAUUAUCCUUUUCAUUGCGAUUUUUAUUUAUGCUCAGAAGCAUCGCGCUGAAAAACGUGCUAGUUUACUUCAUGCUUAUAACAAAAAACUCAUUGAGACUGUCACAAAGUAAUUAGUUUGUUACUCAGUUAA